CUCACUCUGGCAGAUCUGGCAGUGACCCGACAUUACAUCAGACAGUUUGUGUUGGGUGAUUUUGUUAACAAAAAAAACAAAAAACUGGCUUUUUUGUGUUUUUCUAUUCCGUGAUUGAUUUUGAUUAGUCUGUUUUUCCUGUAAAAGAUUUAAUUUCCAUAUUCACGUAUAGUGGUACAAUAAAUAAUGGAAGACCAGGUGAUUAAAGUAGAUCUUUUUUCACAGGAUGACUCCAGCAACUUCACAAAACAGAGCCUAGAUGGAAUUCAACAAGAUAAAAGUCCUCUUAAAGCCCUCGGUCAAGCCUUGCUUUGCAAAGUCUGCUCUGAUUCAAGCAGCGGCAAACACUAUGGCAUAUAUGCCUGCAAUGGCUGCAGUGGCUUCUUUAAACGCAGUGUACGAAGAAGACUCAUCUACAGGUGUCAGGCUGGGACAGGCAAAUGUCCUGUUGACAAAGCUCACAGGAACCAGUGCCAAGCCUGCCGACUAAAGAAGUGUCUCCAAGCUGGAAUGAACAAAGAUGCAGUGCAGAGUGAGCGUCAGCCUCGAAGCACUACGCAUGUCAGUCUCGAUUCCAUAGAUGCGGAGGCCAAGAGGGAAGACCUCGUUACCACACGGGAGCUCACCACUUCCGGCCUCUACUCAUCCGUUGGAUUUAGACCUCUGGUCACCUUGCCAGAUCCCAGUUCUGCAUCCGUACAACCCAGCAGCAACCAAAAGACUCACUGCUUCAUGGUCAGCUUGCUGACAGCAGAAACUUGUACCAAACUGGAGCCAGAGGAUGAUGAGGAAAAUAUUGAUGUGACAACAAAUGAUGCAGAGAAGGACAACUCUUCAUUAGACCGCGCCAGGCUUACAUCCAUCUCCAGCUCUUCAGAAAGUUUUGACGAAACAGCAGCUCGACUUCUCUUCAUGUCUGUGAAGUGGGCAAAGAAUUUGCCCGUUUUUGCUCAUUUGCCAUUUCGAGACCAGGUGAUUCUGCUGGAAGAAGCUUGGAGUGAGAUGUUUCUUCUGUGUGCCAUCCAGAUGUCUCUACCUGUGGACAGAUGUUUAAUUCUGUCUCCAGAACUUUCCCCCACUCAUGAGGUUAAGACCAACCUCGUCUCAUCUGAGAUGCAGAUUCUUGAUGAUGUAUUCAGUCGCUUCAAGGCUCUGGUUGUCGACCCUACUGAAUUUGCCUGUCUUAAAGCAAUAGUUUUGUUCAAGCCAGAGACGCGCAACCUCAAAGAUGCCAGCCAAGUUGAAAACUUGCAGGACCAGUCCCACUUGCUAUUGAGCCAGCACAUUCAAUUGGUGUACCCCAGCAAUGCUUCAAGGUUUGGGAGGCUGUUACUUCUGCUGCCAUCUCUCCACUUCUUGAGUCCACGUAAGAUAGAGCAGCUGUUCUUUCACAGGACAAUUGGCAACACACCCAUGGAGAAGUUACUGUGUGAUAUGUUCAAGAACUAAACAAGUAUAAAUUGAAGCUUCCCCAAAUGUAUCCCUUUUUCAUGUUGUGAAUGUCUUUUUCUCCAAUAAAAUUUGAAAUCAUG